AUGGAUGAACAACAAGGUGAUAUUGAAUUUGGUUUUAAAAGACCACGAGGUGGCAACCUCACCAUUGAAGAAGAUGUUCUACUCAUACAAUCGUGGGUAAGUACUAGUACUAAUCCAGUGCAUGGAACUGAGCAGUCAAAGAAGGCAUAUUGGAUGCGAAUUUGGGGGAAGUCCAAUGAAUAUAAGGGCUUUGAUACUAUCAUGUCUCACACAUCUCUAGCUAAUCAAUGGGGAGUAAUUCGAAAGAGCGUAACUCAGUUUGCUGCAAACUUAGCUCAAGUUGAGUUAUUGAAUCAAAGAGUUUCUAAUCCAUACUUUGUCCAAUCAAGAAAUUGUUCUGGAACACUCGAUUUGUCUUCCCUUCAAAAGAUAACUGUCACAUUUACAAUGAUCACUUAUGGAGUACUAGCUGAUUAUGUGGAUGAAUAUGUGCGGAUUGGAGAAACCACUGCAACAGAAUCUCUACAAAAUUUUGUUGAAGCGGUGGUUUCAAUUUAUUCAAACACUUACUUAAGAUCUCCAAACAAAGAUGAUGUUGCUAGAUUGCUAGAAGUUGGCGAAAACCGUAGUUUUCCAAGAAUGCUAGGAAGCAUUGAUUGUAUGCACCGGCAAUGGAAGAAUUGCCCAGCUGCAUGGAAAGAUAUGUUCUCAAGUCGUCGACAUGAACCAACAACGAUUUUGGAAGGAGUGGCUUCACAAGAUCUAUGGGUAUGGCAUGCAUUUUUUGGGUUACCGGGUUCUAACAAUGACAUCAACGUUUUAGAACAGUCAUCUAUGUUAUCUGAGUUCGCUGAAGGAUGUGCUCCUCCAGCAAAUUACUCAAUCAAUGGUCAUAACUACAAAAUGAGAUACUAUCUUGCUAAUGGUAUAUAUCUGCAAUGGUCAACCUUUGUAAAGACAAUUUCAUGUCCACAAGGAAAAAAGGCCAAACAAUUUGCUGCAGCCCAAGAGUCAACAAGAAAGGACAUGGAACGUGCAUUUGGAGUGCUUCAAGCACAAUUUGCAAUAAUUUGUGGACCUACACAUGGUUGGAAUCGUUAA